UGUAAUCUAUUUUAUUCACUCUGGUUUAUUUGUAAACUCUUUUUUACUGCCUUGCCAAAAAAGGAUGAUUGAAAUUCUGCAUUUUCCCCAGAAUUUUAUCACUGAUCUGGGUUUUGUCAUUUUUGAAGGUCAAGAUAAGGUUGUUGAUUUUGAGAUGAAGCUCAUGGACAUUGACAGCAAGCAUCUUGGAAUUCCAGAAGCAGAGUAUCAUGCCAUUGUAAAGAUGCCAUCAGCUGAGUUCUCAAGGAUUUGCAAGGACCUCAGCAGCAUUGGAGAUACUGUUGUAAUUUCAGUGACAAAGGAAGGAGUGAAGUUCUCUACCAGGGGUGAUAUUGGAACUGCAAAUAUUGUUUGCCAGCAAGGUGCGUUAGAUAUUGACUGCUUUUCUCCCUUUGUGAACAACCUGAGGCAUUAAUCUCCAUUUAAGUGGUUUGGGUUUUGUUUUUGUAGUGACAUAUGACCCAAACAGUAUUUUCAUUAAUGAACAAGUCAUUGUAAUAAUGACAAAUGUCAUCUAUUUGUCAGUGUUUUUAAGCUGGGCUGGACUGGACGGUUUGAUUAAUCUGGGUCAGAACCAGCCGUGGAAAUGAGCCAAGUUGCCGGGAAACCCAUUUUGGGCAAGAAAUCAUUUAAACCAUCCAGCUGGUCUGCACAUCUGGAUUGGGCCUAUUGCCAGUUGGACUGCUGCUUCAAUUCUACUGUUUAUUGGUAAAAUUCAAAAUGGGUUGUGGUGUUCGAGUACCAUUUUAUUUUUUUAUUUUAUAGAGCGAACACUACCAACUGUGCUACAGGUAGCUAGUUGCAGUCAGUUCCUAUUAUUUUAUUUGUUUAAACAUGUCAUGGUUGGACUGGAACAGACCAUUGUUUGGAUUUGGACCAAACUGCUGACAGAAAGGUCUGGUCUUAGGAUUUAAAACAUUAGUAUUCAGUGUAUGACAAGCAUAUAACUCACUGAAUGGUAAAUCUUUUUCAAUUUUCCCCCUUUUCUCGCAUUGUUUGAAUGUUUCUGAAAUGGAUUGAUUUUGAGUUAUGUACAUUAGAUAACUUUAAAAGGAAAAAACCUCCAUGUAUUUCUUACACACUAUUCC